AUGCCCUCGAAUGACCGGCUGCUCCAAUUUCGAGCCGCCGUAGCCGGAUUUCUGGUCGAUUACUGCAGAGACGAUGAGCUCAGGAUCCUAUUGAGCAAUCUAUUAUAUCGGAACGCCCGACCGACCGGCGAGGAGAACGAUUGGAACCUCUAUUCUACUGCUGUCGUGGCCUUCCCAAAACUCCCAAUUUUAGCCUGUACUAGUCAGGAAGAAGACGAGAGCCACGCGUAG